UGGAUUAUGUAUUGAGCGGGGAGCCAGUGAAGUGUUUUGAGAACCGGGAUGAUAUGGUCAUGUUUUCAUGUGUCAGGAUUCUAGCUGCUGUGUUCUGGAUGAGUUGGAGCCGUCCUAUGGAUUGUUUGGAUAGACCUGUGUACAGUGCGUUGCAGUAAUCUAACCAGGUUGAUAUGAAUGAGUGGAAUAAUUUAUCGGCAUGGGUUUGGGACAUGAAUGAUCGGAGUUUAAAUUGCACUACUGUUCCUUUAAGAAACCGGUACUGACGCUCAGCGCCCAACGCGGCGCGUAAACUGAACUUUGUUGUUGUCAGCAACUAGCAGCUAAGCUAGUUGUAAGCUAGCAACCGGUGAGCGUUAAACAUUUGUUCUAUUACCGGUGAUAGAAAACAACGACACAGUAACGACUGUAACGACCAGCAGGCUCUCUUCACUGAACACCGGCUUCAGGAAAGAUGACUUCUACACAGUCUGAUCCCACUCUGGAGAGACAUUUUAAGGGUCACAGGGAGACUGUGAUGAGUGUGGACUUCAGCAGCAACAUGAAACAGAUCGCCACAGGCUCAAUGGACUCCUGUGUGAUGAUCUGGAACAUGAAACCUCAGAUGCGAGCGUAUCGUUUUGAUGGGCACAAAGACGCUGUCAUGUCUGUGCAGUUUUCUCCCUCAGGGCACCUGGUGGCUUCCGCCUCGAGAGACAAAACAGUACGUCUUUGGAUUCCCAGCAUGAAGGCUGAGUCAACAUCUUUCAGAGCUCACACUGCCACCGUGCGCAGUGUUAACUUUUCUGGUGAUGGACAGACUCUGGUCACGGCCUCUGACGACAAGACCAUCAAAGUUUGGAACGUACACAGACAGAAGUUCAUCUUCUCUCUCAACAAGCACAUCAACUGGGUCCGCUGUGCAAAGUUUUCUCCCGACAAUCGAUUGAUUUUGUCAUCCAGCGAUGAUAAGACUAUAAAGCUGUGGGACAAGAAUAGCAGAGAGUGUAUCCAUUCAUUCUAUGAACAUGCUGGUUAUGCAAACCAGGUGGACUUCCAUCCCAGUGGAACCUGCAUCGCAGCAGCCAGCACUGACAACUCUGUGAAGGUGUGGGAUAUCAGAUCACACAAGAUACUGCAGCACUACCAAGUCCACAGUGGUGUGGUGAACAGCUUGUCUUUCCACCCGGCUGGUAAUUUCCUCAUCACUGCGUCCAGCGAUUCCACUAUGAAAAUAUUGGACCUUGUAGAGGGCAAGCUACUGUACACAUUGCACGGACACCAGGGUCCAGUGACCUGUGUGGCCUUCUCCAGAACAGGAGAGUACUUUGCCUCUGGCGGUUCAGAUGAACAGGUAAUGGUGUGGAAGAGCAACUUUGACUGUGCUGAAUACAGCAAUGGUGUCACACUGCAGUGCAAAAGUACAUCUAGCACUAAGACACCACCAACCAGCUCCAUGGCUCACCCCAACUCUAACUCACACCUGUCAGUGCUCCACAGCCAGGCCUCUGAACCAUCUGAACAUUUAAACGGACUGGACUCCCACACCGCCGCCCACGCUCCGAGCUGCAGUCGCAGCGGCAGCCACGGGAAAACCACUCAUUCACACACCUACAGACACCCCAGCUCCACUUCCUCCUCCACCCAGCAGACACAGAGCAAGGCCUCACCUCAGCACCCGCAGCGGGUUCAAGCACAGUCCCAGGCCUCCGACGGCGGAGUCCCCACUGGUCUCGCCGGCACCCUGGAACACAUCAUAGGUCAACUGGAUAUUCUCACUCAGACGGUUUCGAUCUUGGAGCAGCGGCUGACGCUGACAGAGGACAAGCUCAAAGAGUGUUUGGAGAACCAGAUGGAGAUCGGCCUACAUCUCCGGAGACGAGAGGAGGCCUGAAACGACGGCGGUGGCGGCGUCACAGAAAGGUCGAUCUGAGUGGUGAAAGGGAAAUGGGGUCACAUAAACGCCAUUAGCAGAAACACUGUCCUUGUAGUGAGAUCACACUUUAAAUGUGCGAUUUUACACACUGUAACACAUUCCCAAGUGUUGGCGUGAACUGUUUUCCUGACUGGACAUUAAAUGCAACCUGAGCCUCUGUGCCGACGCACGCUGUCGGGUUAUUUUACAGAGAGAUAUCAGAAGUGAAGGAGAUGAAUAUUAGAGAAGUUGUUCCUCUAUAACAGUGCUGAGAGCACACUCCCUUUUCUGCUGACAAAGGACCUGCUGCUAGCCACUGUGUGUGUGGGUUUCUCUCUGUGUGUGUGUGUGUGUGUGUGUGUGUGUGUGUGUGUGUGUGUGUGUGUGUGUGUGUGUGUGUGUGUGUGUGUGUGUGUGUGUGUGUGUGUGUGUGUGUGUGUGUGUGUGUGUGUGUGUGUGUAGGCAAAAGCAAAGACACAUGUGACACACUUUGGUACUUGCCUGUGCACUGCACAUGUGGACGUUUUAACUGCAUUUGUUCAGCAGACUUGUGCAGAACGGAGGACACAUUGACUGUCUUGAACUCCAGCCAGUGAAGGAAUUUUAUGCUUUUUUAAAUUGGAUGCUUGUUGAAAUGUCGAUUAAACUAGAACCUUUGUUAUCAUCCCUAAUGUUAUAUUAGUUACAACGUUUGUUUGAUAGUGUGUAGUAAUGUCAGACGGAGAUGAAAAAUGUUUUAAAACAGAGCAGUUUGGAGUCGUUACAUCUCUUACAGCUAAAGCAUCCCCACUGUUCCCCUUACAGAGGUGACACCUGGGUGAACAUCCAAAGUUUGUUUCAUUUCUAUCCAUAGAAGAUUGCCAUCUGCUAUCUUUAAACUAGUGGACGAUCUCUCUCUGUACUCGCCUUACACGUGUCAUGAAUAGUGCCUCCACACCUGCCCUGCAGGUAACAGAGAGAGAAAGAGAGACAUAACAGAGCUUAGGUAAUUUAGAUUUAAUGCUAGUGCAUCAAACAUCUCCUUUCUGAAGCUUAAACAUUAGCUGGGGAGCUAACACCAUUCAAAAUGUUGGGAGUUGUAUCGUAUGACUUGAGUCUAUUAUAACGUCCCUCUAUUCCACAGAUGGUUACUCUUAUUUAUUAACCAGCUAGAAGGGCUGAUGGUGGAGAGAGCUGAAAAAGCCUUUAAAGAGUCUUACAUGAAGAAGGCUUUCUGUCCAGAUCAGUACGUUUAUGUCAUCAAACAAUGAGUCUGAUUACACUCACACCUAAAAACACCUAAAACUAGCUUUAGCUUAAUUUGGUCUUAAUUGUCACGUUCAAUUUUGUCCAAAUACUGCUCUCUUUCUCUCUCUCUCUCUCUCUCUCUCUCUCUCUCUCUCUCUCUCUCUCUCUCUCUCUCUCUCUCUCUCCCCCCCCCCCCUUUAAGCAUAUUGCCAAUACAGUUACAUCUAUCAGUUUAGAUAAGUGCCUGUUGAUGUCUGUUUCCGUAGUUCCAUGCAAUGAUGUACGCAGAGUUUAAAUUCAGGUCAUCGUUGCUCAAACCCACAGGCUACCUUUUGAGCUUCAAAAUUUCCAGUUAUAUUUAUUCGUCUUGUUUUUAAAGCUUUGCACUGAAUAGAAAACGAUUUAACUUUUAAGAAAGUUUUGAUAAAAUAACUUAUGUUUGGCGUAUCUCACACGUGUGAUCAUCUGCUCUUGGACCUAACUAUUUAACAUGUUUGAUACUAAAUGAAGGGUUUCUUUUUAUUUCAGAUUGACUGUCAGACAUGAUGGGAACACUUUAUUUAAGCUCUGGGAACUUUUGGUUAUCGUUUGUCCCAGUGCUCUGACAUUUGAAAUAAUAAAAUGGAUUGUUCUUUAUGUAAACAAAAGCAGUUUGAUUAAUGAGGUUGGAAUGAUGGUGCUGUGUGUGCCGGUUUUCACAUUGUAUUUCCUCCUUUGAGAGUGCAGUAUGCUGGUUGUAAUUACUGCAGUUUGAAAGAUCAACUCUGACUGAAACUUUUAUACACUGUAAGUAUCUCUGAACUUUUUAAAUAAAUGUUUUUCAGUCAUA